CUACACACUCUCAGACUAACACAAUGAAAUACUCGGUAUGUCUGGUUCUCUGGGUACUUUCCUUUUUCAAAGAUGAUGUCUCUGCAAACAAGUGGGCUAAACAGAGCUAUUCAGUGGCUACUUAUGACUUGGAGGGAUCUUCUCUCAGAGAAGUCUUCAGAUAUAAAAGAGAUACCUCAUCAGAGUCAUCUCGCAUACUAGAAUUGUCCAGUGAAUUAGAAUCAGCCGAAUUGGAUAAUAGUCCUGGCACCUGCAGCACAUGGGGAAAUGGAGCUGUCAGAUCAUAUCAGGAUACAUUUUAUCAUUUUACAUCAACUUGCAACUACAUGCUGAGCCGUCAGUGCGAUGGAACCGCAGAAGAUUUUAGUGUAGAAAUCCGCCGAUCAAAUAGUACGCUGGAACAUAUAUUGAUACAGAUAGAAGGAGUCCUCAUUUCUGUGUUCAAUGGCGCAAUUAGAGUAAAAGAUGCCUUGUAAGUUAUAUUAUAUGAGUUUAUAUUUAAUUGCAAGAUGACGGGAAUAACUACUUAAUUAUCCCGUGCACCCCAUCUCCCAGCGGAUUGAAUUCAAGAUACUUGUCCACAAUGAAAUCCCUCCAAGGCCUUGACUGACCCUCAAGGAUCUUCUGCAGCCCUACCCUACUCAGCUCUUCCCUCUUCUCAGCAAACACUUGCCUGAUCUGCUCCAGCGUAACUCGGCGAGUUUUCAGCAAUUCUAACACUGCUCUCGAACUUCAGCCUGGAUUCCCUCCAACUCCCCUCUCCAUUUUUAAAAAGUACUUUUGUCUUUGACCAUGCUUUCAGUCAUUUUAUUCCCCCACCGCUCUCUCAGCAACCCCCCCACUUGGCUUGGGUGUAAAGCCAGAUGUGUGAAACACUUUGAGGUGUUCUUCCAAUGUAAAAAGCGUGGUAUAAAUGAAAAAUAUAUUGUAUUAAUGAACAAACAUAUCUUUGUUGUCCAGUUCUCUACUUAUGUGCCUUUGGUCACCUUCCUCCCCCUCCCUCUGGCUCGGUCCCGGGAUCCAUUACUGUGAAGCGCUCUGAGAUGCCGUUUGGCGUGGAGGCGGUAUAUAAAUCUAAGUUGUUGUUAUUUCUCCUGGAUUUAUGCAGUAAUAGGUUCCUUCCUAUGAUAAAAAAGCAAAAAACUUUUCAGAAUGUUAUGCUAUUUCUUGUUUCUCUUUAAGUCUAAAUAAAGUUCUUCA